AUGAAUAACUCUUCACUGAUUCCAGACAACGCUACUAACAACAUCUCAGGAUAUUAUUGCAAGUACGAUGAACCUGAAACACAGCUAGAGUAUAAUGCAAAACGCAUCGCUGUGAUACUGUUGGUGACAUUGGCACUUGCAGGAAACAUCUUUGUCAUAGUACUCGCUGUGAAAUACACAGUACGCAAGAACCUGCAUCAUUUGAUCAUCAACAUGGCCGUGUCAGAUGCUCUCUUCAUUCUUAUGAAUCUGAGAGAAGAUAUUGCCUGGUUAUCGAACCACGAAUUAUCGUUAACAUUUCCUGAUGGUAUCGUUGGUGAUAUUCUCUGCAAGGCUCAGUUUUUUGUUCAUCAAAUCUCACAUAGAGUCUCCUUGGUUACUCUUUUGAUAAUCAGCAUCGAACGAUUCAGAGCAACAAGAAGAACAUUGSAAAKRUCAYRUGCUUACACAUUAAGACAACGCGUUGCAGUAAUCGGUAUCUCCUGGUUGAUGCCUAUGAUAUUGCAGUCUUACAAUUUGUAUUACAUUAGUAUGGAUCAAGGAAAUGGUCAUUGCGAUGUUAUGGAUCCGUUUAUUUAUAUCAUAUUUCUGUCUGACUUUCGAGAAGGAGCGAGGAAGGUACUGUGUAGAAAAACCGACAUACGCGAGAACAGAAGAAACUCAAUGGAACUGCGACAAAUGGAAAACAAUCCGCCAUUAGAACCUGAGGCGAGAAGAAGAAGAUAUUCCAAUGACGAAGAAGAGCAACAAGUCUAA